AUGUGACGUCACUGACAGGACAGAAAUACAGAAAUUAGAAAUGGCUGCGAUGGGUAGUGGACGGGGGACGAUGGAAGUCCAAAAUCAAGUGCAAAGUGAUACAAUAGAUCGUUUAAAGUUGCUAUAUCCGAAUGUGAACGAAGAUGAAACACCACUGCCAAGAUCCUGGAGUACAAAAGACAAAUUCAGCUACAUCGGACUGUCUCAAAAUAAUCUACGAGUACACUACAAAGGUGGGACGCAGGGCCCGGGCCGAAGACCCCACCUGCCCUACCUCCACUUACGCCUCUGGAUGUAUCGUCACGGCAAAACGCACAAGGACGCAGCGAGCGUGCGCGCGACGCACCCCAUCCCUGCUGCGUGCGGGCUGUACUACUUCGAAGUGCGCAUCGUCAGCAAGGGACGUGAUGGUUACAUGGGCAUAGGCCUGUCCGCCCACGGCGUUAACAUGAACCGCCUGCCAGGUCGUCUCGAUGUUGUAGGCUGGGACAAGCACUCGUACGGGUACCACGGCGACGACGGGCACUCCUUCUGCUCGUCGGGCACCGGCCAGCCCUACGGCCCGACCUUCACAACGGGCGACGUCAUCGGCUGCGGCGUCAACCUCGUCGACAACACCUGCUUCUACACCAAGAACGGCCAUCACCUCGGCGUGGCCUUCCGCGGGUUGCCGCCCAACCUGUAUCCCACCGUGGGACUCCAGACGCCGGGGGAGGUGGUGGAUGCGAACUUCGGCCAGCAGCCGUUCGUGUUUGAUAUCGAAGAUAUGCUGAGGGAACUGCGCGCCCGCACCAGACUCGCGAUUGACGAGUUUCCGCUGCCCGAUGAGCAGGGACAGUGGCAGCAGGUGCUGCACAGAAUGGUGUCAACAUACCUGGUACACCACGGCUACUGCAGCACCGCCCAGGCGUUCUCCCGCGCCACCGGACAGCCCAUAGAUGAAGACAUAGCUUCCAUCAAGAAUAGACAGAGGAUAUCGCGGCUGGUGCUGGCGGGGCGCGUGGGCGAGGCGCUGGAGGCGGCGCGGCGGCUGUACCCCGGCCUGCUGGACGCCGACCCCGACCUGCUGUUCCUGCUCAAGUGCCGCCAGUUCGUCGAGAUGGUCAACGGCACCGACCAGCCCGCGGAGCACGAGAACAACGGCAUGGCGACGUCCGUGAUCUCUCACACGAGCCGCCCGCCCGCCGCCAACACUGCCACACCCACACCCACACCCGCUAUACACACCAACGGUGUGUCGAGUAACGAGACUAAAGAGGAUAGCGGCGACGUCGACAUGCCCGCAGCGAACGGCACGCACGGUGAGCUGCCGCUGGUGAAGGGCAUGCCCGGCGUGACGGCCAGCGUCGCCGCGCUCCUGCCGCGCCGCGCCGAUGGUGAGAGCGGUUCCCGGACGUCUGUGGAGCGCAUGCUCGCGUUCGGCCGCGAGUUGUACGCCAUGAGCCAGAAGCUGCAGCAGGACCACGUGCACAAGUCCAUGCUGGAAGACGCGUUCAGCCUGCUGGCGUACAGCAACCCGUGGGACAGCCCGGUGGGCUGGCAGCUGGAGCCCGUGCGCCGCGAGGCCGUCUGCGAGGCGCUCAACUCCGCCAUACUCGAGUGGCAGGGCAUGGGGUGGGUGUCGCCGGUGGAGGCGUGCGCGGCGCACUCGCGCGACCUGCUGCGGCGCAUGGCGCGCGCGGACCUCGGCGCGUGCGCCUUCGCCGACCUGCCAGCGCUGCUGCGCCGCUGACGC